GAGGUAUGUAGGUGGGGGGAGAGGCGACAGCGGGUAGCGCGUGUAUUCGCCGGGGGAAGGCCCCGCCUGCGCGCCCCGCCCGCCGCCGCGCCGCGCGGCUCAGUUCGCGCUCGUCGCCACGCUACCCGUUCGUAACGGCUCCGCACCGCUUCCAACUAAACAUACGCGAAAAAAAUGUGUUCCUUAUUUAAAAAAUAGUGCGUGCGGACGUUAAUUAUUUCAAAUUAAAAGCAAAAAUGUUGACGUGAUUUAAUUUGUAAUUAGAAUCUUAUUGGACUUUUCUUCAGUGGACAAUGAUUUUAAAACGGAGACAGUCGAGUGAAAUGACGGUUUGCGUUGAGUGUUGAUGGAUGUGGAGACGGAGGGGUGGUCGCGGGCCAGGAUGGUGGCUGAGGAGAGCAAGGCCCGCGCCACGGACUUCAGCAUCGCGGCCAUCAUGGCCCGCGGGGAACCGCGCAGCCCCGUCGCCGUUUCGCCGACGCGCACUGGUUCAGUGUCGCGGCAGAGUUCCCCCGCGUCGCUCUGCUCGCCAGCAUCCAGCUGUCGGUCACCUGCGCCCGAGGAGGACGUGGAAGUCGACGUGGAGCAGUGUUCUGACGGAGAGGACGGCUCCGACCACGCUGCGCCUUCCCCUGCACCAUCCUCAGAGCUAGGGGAGCGCGACACGCCGUCCCCCGCGCGGCCUCUGCCUCCGGCCACAUCCUGCAACUGCGAGGAGCUGCUCACGGUAGACUGCCAGCUCGAGACCAAAGAGCUCUGGGACAAGUUCCACGACCUCGGCACCGAGAUGAUCAUCACCAAGACUGGGAGGCGCAUGUUCCCGACGGUGCGCGUGUCGUUCGCGGGGUGCCGCGCGGAGGCGCGCUACGCGGUGCUGCUGGACGUGGUGCCGGUGGACGGCAAGCGGUACCGCUACGCCUACCACCGCUCCUCGUGGCUGGUGGCGGGCAAGGCGGACCCGCCCGCGCCCGCGCGCCUCUACCCGCACCCCGACUCGCCCUUCUCCGGCGACCAGCUGCGCAAGCAGGUCGUCUCCUUCGAGAAGGUCAAGCUCACCAACAACGAGAUGGACAAAAAUGGACAGAUCGUCCUAAACUCGAUGCACCGGUACCAGCCCCGCAUCCACCUCGUGAAGGUCCGCGACGGCGGCGGGCCGAUCACGGACCUGACGCGCGAGCAGCACCGCACCUUCGUCUUCCCCGAGACCGUGUUCACCGCCGUCACGGCCUACCAGAACCAGCUCAUCACCAAGCUCAAGAUCGACUCCAAUCCCUUCGCGAAGGGCUUCAGGGAUUCUUCGAGGCUUACGGACUUUGAUAGAGAUCCAAUGGAGCUGAUGCUGAUGGAGCAGCAGCUGCUGCGGUCGCCGCUGCGGCUGUACGCGGGCGGCGGCGGUGCGGGCGGCGCGCUGGCCGACGAGGAGGCGGAGAAGCGCGCGGCGUGGGCGCGCACGCCGCCCGCGCUGCAGCUGCUGGCGCUGGGCGGCCGCGGCUGGCCCGCCGCCUGGCCGCAGCCGCUGGCGCUGCCGCCCGACCUCUGGAUGCAGAAGCCCCCCACCCCGCUCCGCUACUGCCCCUACCCUCCCCCGGCGCACGCGGCGCCCUCCGUGAGGCCCGAUCACGCGCCCUCCCCGCGGCAUCCCCUGUGAAUCUUGUGCCGACUACUGAGACAUUCCAAAAGACGAUCUGCGAUGUGCGAGUUAGACUAAAGACUAUCGAAAAUGUGCUGUGAGGACUUGUAUAAACACUUGAUAUCUACACGUAGUACCUACUUAAUAGUGAUUUGUAUUAUGAAUAUCAAAGUAGCGUUAAGAAAGUAAUUACAUGGUUCCUACCGGAAAAGAUUUAACUUGUAUUGUUAAUAUAGAUCAGAUUUUAACAUUAGUUACCUGAUAGGUAUCCAGUUAUCGUAUUAUUUAACUUGAGGAUAGUCUUUCGAAUUAUCUGUUUUGUUAUUUCUCUAACCCCUCGAAUCACCACGGAGUAGACAUCAGGUUAGCAAAGAGCCUCAAAGAUAAAUUUAAAUAAGUUGUAGGUCGUUCUAUGGCUGGCCGAUAUUGAGCCGUGGCAUUCGAGAGCUUAGCUAAAAAAACUCAUCACGAUAACUUUGAACCAAAGAGCAUUAUAAUUUGAAUGCAAUUUUGUAAACAAUAAAAUAACUAUUUGUAGAACUAGCGACUAGACUCCUCAUUAUUAUCUAUGGAAAUUAUGAAGAAGUUAUAUAACAUUCCAAUAAGAUUUUAGCAUAAUAUUUAGAAAUCAACGGGCUUGAUAAUGUCAUAACUUCACUGUAUGGAAUUUGUAAAAUCAAAUCUAGAUGUUUCAACAUGUGGAGCAGAUAUAAUUAAACGAAACGGUAAUGAGCAUGUGAGUUUCUUUAAAUGCUGGUGUAAGUGAA